AUCUGCUUUACUCUUUUUUUUUUGCUUUUACAACAAUAAAAAUCAUUUUGAAUUUUUAUUGUUGUGUCUCUUCUUCAUGCACUAGUAGUCACUGUGAUUAGACUAACAAAAAAAAAAAGAAAUCGAAAUUCAAUCUCUCAAUCCAAAGUUUUCGCGCUCGCUCGAGCUUUCUCCUUAAGCUCAGCGAAGGAGAUGACGAGGAGCGUGUUGUUGUUGUCGUUGUUGUUGUGGAUUGUGUGCUCGCUAUGCUCAGCCGCGGCCUUUGUUCGGAGCGGAUCUAGCGACGGAGAUACUGAGAUUGCGAUAUCGCUGCUUGAGAAGAAACUGAUGGCGCCUGAGGUCGCCAUGGUGCCUCUCACCUUGAUCCAAGGAGCUGGCUCCAAAGGAGCUGUGUGCUUAGAUGGGACGUUACCUGGUUAUCAUCUGGAUCGUGGUUCUGGCUCUGGUGCUAACAAUUGGCUUAUCCAGCUUGAGGGUGGGGGAUGGUGUAACAACCAUAGGACCUGUGUCUAUCGCAAAACCAGUCGACGUGGCUCCUCUAAUUUCAUGGAAAAGACCUUGCCUUUCACUGGGAUCUUGAGCAAUAAGCCUCUAGAGAAUCCUGACUUCUUUAACUGGAACAGGGUCAAGUUGCGGUACUGUGAUGGUGCGUCUUUCGCUGGUGAUAGUCAGGACGAGAGUUCACAAAUUUUCUAUAGAGGACAACGGAUUUGGCAAGCGGCUAUGGAAGAGUUCUUGUCUUUAGGCAUGAAGCAAGCAAACCAGGCUCUGCUUUCUGGAUGCUCAGCUGGGGGAUUAGCUUCCAUCUUGCACUGUGAUGAGUUCAGAGAGCUGUUGCCUAGUUCCACUAAAGUCAAGUGCUUAAGUGAUGCUGGAAUGUUUCUAGACGCAGUGGAUGUCUCUGGGGGCCACUCGCUCAGGAAUAUGUUCCAAGGUGUUGUUACAGUGCAGAACCUCCAGAAGGGCUUGUCCAGCACUUGUACAAACCAUUUAGAUCCUACCUCGUGCUUCUUUCCUCAGAACUUGGUUUCAGACAUCAAAACCCCAAUGUUUCUUCUCAACACAGCAUAUGACUCAUGGCAGAUCCAAGAGAGCUUAGCUCCUCCAACCGCUGACCCAGGCGGCAUCUGGAAGGCAUGCAAAUCAGAUCACUCGCAAUGUAACUCAUCACAGAUCCAAUUCUUCCAAGACUUCAGGAACCAAAUGAUGUAUGCCGUAAAUUCAUUCUCAAAAUCCGACCAGAACGGUCUUUUCAUAAACUCUUGCUUCGCGCAUUGUCAGACCGAAAGACAGGACACUUGGUUUGCCCAAGAUUCUCCCCAACUUAACGGAAAGAGAGUGGCAGAGACUGUAGGUGACUGGUACUUCGACCGAGCCAAAAAUAUCAAAGCCAUCGACUGUGCUUACCCAUGUGACAAAACAUGUCACAAUCUGAUUUUCGAUGUUAAUCAAACAGGUGUAGAUCGGAGUGUUGAUCCAAAAGCUGCAGAGAUCUCUUCUUCUUCUUCUUCAAGGUUUUGUUUUCCUCUUCAUAGAGCCUCUCUGGUCUCUCUAGUGUUGACAACGAUCAUCCUCGGGUUCUUAGCUCAGUAGGUAUAGGGAGGCCUUAUUCUUUCAUACCUCAUAUUUUUAUAACCAUUUGAUUCAAAUGUUGAAUCUAAGUUAGUAAGCAAAUCCAUGUACGCAGAACAGAAUAUAUAUCACAAAGAGAAAGAAAUAACAUGGUUAUAAUAUAUAUUAUGCU